CUCCACGCUUGCUGCCCUACCUUUCCAAACUCUUGUGCCUUCCCUUCAAAGUAUACAGUGCUCUCCAGACCCUAAUAAGCAUAGAGGACCUCCGUAACAGUAACACAGGGAUCUGGCUGCUUCUAAUCCUUUAUUGUGAUCUACUGCCCAUCAGAGCCCAGUGUUUCGAAUUAAAGCGCUCGUCCAACUGUGUCUGGUGUGUCCGGCGUGGCGCCCCCUCCAGGCAUGACUCAGAGUAACGGGGAGAUGGGUCUGCAGCGCAGCCGAGUGCAGCAGCUGAGAGACGGCAUCACAGAGCGCUCGCUGCGGGCGUGUACCACCGUACAGAACAUCACUAGCAAUGACGUCAAAGGGUUUUUCAGACGAAAUGCAUUUGUCAUAUUCACAGUCAUUGCUGUCAUCAUUGGUAUAAUUCUGGGCUUUGGACUGCGGCCGUAUAAAAUGUCCUAUAGGGAGAUGAAGUACUUCUCUUUUCCUGGAGAGCUGCUGAUGAGAAUGUUGCAGAUGUUGGUACUCCCUCUGCUGGUGUCCAGUUUAAUCACAGGCAUGGCAGCACUGGACAGUCGAGCUUCGGGGAAGAUGGGUCUAAGAGCUGUAGUUUACUACACUACCACCACCAUCAUUGCUGUCUUCAUCGGGAUCGUCAUGGUGCUCAUCAUCCAUCCAGGAAAAGGCUCUAAAGAUGAAUUUACUAAACAGGAGAAAAUAGAGCAAGUUAGCCCUGCAGAUGCCUUCCUAGAUCUCAUAAGAAAUAUGUUUCCUCCCAAUAUAGUGCAAGCGUGUACGCAACAGUUUAAGACAAAGUAUGCAAAGCGCAUGGUCACAGUAAAAGUUACGGUGAACGAGACUCUCUUCAGUUUGAAUAACGGGUCGCAGGAACUCCAACAUGAAGAGAUGAUUCCAGUGCUCGGAACGGUUAAUGGAAUCAACGCGCUCGGACUUGUGGUCUUCUCCAUGUGCUUUGGUCUCAUUAUUGGAAGCAUGAAGGAGCAGGGUCAGCCGCUGCGGGAUUUCUUUGACUGUCUGAACGAGGCCAUCAUGAGGCUGGUUGCCAUUAUUAUGUGGUACGCUCCAUUGGGCAUACUGUUCCUGAUAGCGGGAAAGAUAGUUGAGAUGGAUGACCUGUCAACUAUGGGUGGGCAGUUAGGCAUGUACACCAUCACAGUCAUCACUGGCCUGAUGAUACAUGCUGUCAUCGUUCUACCCUUGCUCUACUUCCUGGUGACGCGUAAAAAUCCAUUUGUGUUCAUCGGUGGUCUUCUUCAAGCCCUUGUCACUGCACUGGGUACCUCUUCCAGCUCUGCCACUCUGCCCAUCACUUUUAAGUGUCUGGAGGAAAAUAACCAUGUGGAUAAACGUGUAACGCGAUUUGUGCUGCCAGUGGGAGCCACUAUAAACAUGGAUGGCACAGCUCUGUAUGAAGCUCUGGCUGCUAUCUUCAUUGCACAGGUCAACAACAUGGACUUGAACUUUGGACAGAUUCUAACCAUCAGUAUCACAGCAACAGCAGCCAGUAUUGGUGCAGCUGGAAUCCCUCAGGCUGGCCUAGUUACAAUGGUGAUAGUGCUGACCUCUGUGGGACUGCCGACUGAUGACAUCACUCUAAUUGUUGCUGUUGAUUGGUUCCUAGAUCGCUUGCGCACAACCACUAAUGUUCUGGGUGACUCCAUUGGUGCCGGCAUUGUGGAGCAUCUGUCACGUCACGAGCUGCGCUCCAUCGAUACCGAGAUUGGAAACUCUGUGUUGGAGGAAAACGAGACCAAGAAAUCAUAUCAGCUCAUCUCUCAGGAGAGCGAGUGUGAAAAUGCCAAGAUCCUUGACAGCGAGACCAAAAUGUAACAGCCUGUUUUCUGAGGAGUUCAUCCAUGAAAAAAUGGAUGCAAAAUGGAUUUAUUGUACAAAUACUUAUGAAUUAGUCAGAUGCUAGUGAUGUCUGAUAUUCAUCUCAAAUGUUUUUAUACAGUACGCCUGUCAAAGACAUACAAAUGUAUUGAAAUGUCCAUUGUGCUAGCAGAAAUGGACAUGUGCGUUCCACAUCGGACAUUUUUGAACUGUUUUGUUCUAGAGCUAGUAAACUCAUUAGAUUGGUAAAAAAUUUGAUUUUAUUAAUUUUCUAGAUGCAGGUUUGAUUUUGUUAAUACAAAAUGUACAAUGAAUACCAUCAUGUGUAGAAUUUGUUUUAAAAAUUAUAUUUCAACUUGGGCUGGAAAAAUAAACUGAUUUCAACUCUUA